GCAGGACGUGCUGCUCAAUGCGGAGUGGCCUGCCGAUUAGCGUUGGUGUUUGGCAGCACUCUUCUCAUUGUGGGCACCGCCGGUCUGGUUUUUUGGCGAUACAGGGUGGCUGGCAAAGGCCGGUGCGCGCGUAAGUUGGCCGUGUCGUCGGCAGCGGCGCUAGAGGCGGCCGCGCGCAGACGCACCUCUGGCUCGGGCGCCGCCCCCGCCGCCUCCGCCGACUCCCAGCGCCUCGCGCCCGUCCCGGACGCGGCGUUCGUCG